AUGACAUCAACAACAGAUUUAACUACUAGUAUUAUACCUCAACUAUGCAAAAAUAAUUGUGGUUUCUUCGGAAAUACUUCUUACGAUGGGUUUUGUUCUCAAUGUUAUAUACAACACAAGAAAGAAUUGAAAGAAAAAGAACAACAACAACAACAAGAUAUUUCUGUUGAAAUAAAAGAAGAACAUGUUGUCAUCGAACCAACAGUAUCAAUUUCAUCGCCUGUCGAAAAUCUGUCACUAUCAACUCAAUCAAAACCGCUAACAAAAGCGUAUACUUCAAAAAAAAUUCGAUGCCCUAAUUGUAAAAAAUUAAUGGGUAUUUUACAAUAUCCAUGUGUAUGUGGUGGACAUUUUUGUUCAAAUUGUCGUUAUUCAAAUGAACAUCAAUGUCCAAUUGAUUAUAAAGCUGUAGGAAGAAAAAUAUUGGCUAAAACCAAUCCUCAAGUGAUUGCUGAUCGUGUUCAUAAUCGACAGUAA